GUGCAUGCGCAGGGCGGGGAGACCUUGGGAGAGCGGUGGACGCGCCGGGCCGAGGUGAAAGCAUCCGCGGAGGGGAGACUUGGCGGCCAGAAUGCAGAGCUGGAGUCGCGUGUACUGUGCCUUGGCCAAGAGAGGCCAGUUCAGUCGAGUAUCUCAUGGACUCCAGGGAGUUUCUGUGGUGCCCCUGAGGAACUACGCAGAUCAAUCUAUUGAUGCUGAUGUGACGGUGAUAGGCUCUGGCCCUGGAGGAUAUGUAGCUGCUAUUAAAGCUGCCCAGUUAGGCUUUAAGACAGUGUGUGUUGAGAAAAAUGAAACGCUUGGCGGGACAUGCUUGAAUGUGGGCUGUAUUCCUUCUAAGGCUUUAUUGAAUAACUCUCAUUAUUACCAUAUGGCCCAUGGAAAAGAUUUUGCAUCUAGGGGAAUUGAAAUGUCUGAAGUUCGCUUGAAUUUAGAGAAGAUGAUGGAACAGAAAAGUACUGCAGUAAAAGCUUUAACAGGUGGAAUUGCCCAUUUAUUCAAACAGAAUAAGGUUGUUCAUGUCAAUGGAUUUGGAAAGAUUACUGGCAAAAAUCAGGUGACUGCUACAAAAGCAGAUGGCAGCACGCAGGUCAUUGACACCAAGAACAUCCUCAUCGCGACAGGCUCGGAAGUUACUCCGUUUCCAGGAAUCACGAUUGAUGAAGAUACAAUAGUGUCAUCUACGGGUGCUUUAUCUUUAAAAAAAGUUCCAGAAAAGAUGGUUGUUAUUGGAGCGGGCGUGAUAGGAGUAGAAUUGGGUUCAGUGUGGCAAAGACUUGGUGCAGACGUGACCGCAGUUGAAUUUUUGGGUCAUGUAGGUGGAGUUGGAAUUGAUAUGGAGAUUUCUAAAAGUUUUCAGCGCAUCCUUCAAAAACAAGGAUUUAAGUUUAAAUUGAAUACAAAAGUUACUGGUGCUACCAAGAAACCAGAUGGAAAAAUUGAUGUUUCUAUUGAAGCCGCUUCUGGUGGUAAGGCUGAAGUUAUCACAUGUGAUGUGCUCCUGGUUUGCAUUGGCCGACGGCCCUAUACUCAGAACUUGGGACUCGAGGCGCUUGGAAUUGAACUAGAUCCCAGAGGUAGAAUCCCAGUCAAUACCAGAUUCCAAACUAAAAUUCCAAAUAUCUAUGCUAUUGGUGAUGUGGUUGCGGGUCCGAUGCUGGCUCACAAAGCAGAGGACGAGGGCAUCAUCUGCGUGGAAGGCAUGGCCGGCGGAGCUGUGCACAUUGAUUACAAUUGUGUGCCAUCUGUGAUUUACACCCACCCUGAGGUGGCUUGGGUCGGAAAAUCGGAAGAACAAUUGAAGGAGGAGGGUAUUGAGUACAAAGUUGGCAAGUUCCCAUUUGCUGCUAACAGCAGAGCUAAGACGAAUGCCGACACGGAUGGCAUGGUGAAGAUUCUUGGGCAGAAGUCCACAGACAGAGUACUGGGAGCACACAUUCUAGGCCCAGGUGCUGGAGAAAUGGUCAACGAAGCUGCCCUCGCUUUGGAAUACGGGGCGUCCUGUGAAGAUAUAGCGAGAGUCUGCCAUGCACAUCCGACUUUGUCAGAAGCUUUUAGAGAAGCAAACCUGGCUGCAUCAUUUGGCAAACCAAUCAACUUUUAAAUUAGAAGAUUAUGUAUAUUUUUUUCUGGAAUUUCCUGGGAACUUUUACCGAGGUCACAUUGCUGAACAGAGUAUGCUCCCCAGCAUAUCCAGGACUGAGUUAUGAGGUUUGGAAGGUAUUUAAUAGAUUUGGACAGAAUGGAAUAAUCUACCUAUAUUUUAAAUAAAUUUCAUAUUUUGUUUCAGUGUACUAAAAUGCAGGACAAAAAGCCACUAUUAGUAGCAUCUUGGAAAAUGACCCUCAGCCUUUAUUUUCAUGAAAGGCUUUGUCUUGCUGCACUUAGGUUAAAAGCUUUUCUUUCUGACACAGUGAAGUUACGUUUGCUUCUACACGGAUGGCGCUAGAGUGUAUGUGGACAGUUGUGUUGAUGCAAGGUGAUCAUGUUAUUUUAAAUUUGGUUUUCAUACUGGAAGCAGGUUAGUCAUUAGAAUAAGAUUCAAAUAUGUAUAAACUGAACUGAUGUAAAUAAAAACAGACUGUCUCUCA